CUUACAAACACCGAGAAGUCAAUUUCUGUUAUCAGCUAGCGCGAACAGUGCGGCUCAGCAAGCGGAGGCGAUAACGGGUAACUCCGUAACUUCAACUUUUUCAUUACUCAUUCCGCCCUCGGUACCGACGUCUUUCUUUUUUCUCCUCAUCCCUCACGUCAAAUUCCAGGUCCUCGACAAAGCCAUCGUUGUGUGCCGUGUACUGCGCUGAGUUUAUAGACACCGCAUUGGUUUUUGGCAGUUCAACGGUCGAUAUCUAGUCUGCUGCUGCCGACUAUUUUGAUUAUUCCUUCUAGUUACUCUUUUAUUCAUUUCUUAAGGAGUCUUUCCCAUGGCACUGGAAGAUCGAGACAUAGAUGAGCAGGAGGCUCAGGAGGCCUCCCGUUUGCUAGGAGACACUUCAGCCGAAGACGACCAAGAGGCCCAGGUAGACGCGGCAGAGCGCGAGGAGCUAGCGAACGGCAGGCUUGUGACUAUCUUCCUCUCCCUUUACGUCGGCGUUUUCCUCUCGGCUCUGGACGGUACGAUUGUUGCGACGCUGCUGUCGCGUAUUGCCUCGGACUUUAACGAACUGCGCUCUGUGUCUUGGAUUGCGACUGGCUAUCUGAUUUCGCAGGCUGCUGCGCAGCCCCUGUAUGGAAAGCUAUCAGAUAUCUUUGGCCGAAAGCCUUUGCUGCUUGUCUCCAAUGUGCUGUUUGGAAUUGGCUCGGUUCUGUGUGGUGUUGCACCCAAUAUCUGGUUUCUUGUCUUUGCUCGCGUGAUUGCGGGUUCGGGCGGCGGCGGUCUUACCACCCUCAGCGCUAUUACUCUCAGUGACAUUGUUUCUCUUCGACAGCGCGGUCUCCUUCAAGGUAUAGGAAACGUUCUGUACGGCUGCGGCGCUGCAUUUGGCGGUAUCGUUGGUGGAGUUCUUGCCGAGUCAGUUGGCUGGCGAUGGACUUUUGCCUUGCAGGGCCCGAUCAUCGUCCUGUCGAUUGCUGCUAUUCAGUUCAAUCUUCAACUUCCGCAGAAAGAAGUGAACAAGGACCUGCUCAAGCGUAUCGAUUUCCUUGGCUCGUUCACACUCGUCACUGGGCUUUGUCUGUUUUUGUUCUCCGUCAGUGUCGGCGGCACUUACUUCUCUUGGAAAUCGGCAAUCGUUGUCAUGCCCUUGAGUUUGUCGUUCAUCGUGCUCGGCGCGUUUGCGUACAUUGAGCUGUACGUUGCCGAGGAGCCUGUUAUCCCCUUGUUUUUGCUCAAGGACCGCACUGUCGCCGGCUCAGCAUUCACCUCGUUCUUCAUGACGCAGGUGUACUUCUCAAACAUUUUCUACACCGCCAUCUACUCGAUCUCCGUGAAAGGCGACAGUGCGACCAAGUCCGGCUCGAGCUUGAUCCCUCAGUUCAUUGGUAGUGCGCUCGGAUCGCUAGUGUGCGGAGUUUACAUGCGCUCGACGGGUAGAUACAAGCCGAUGUCGUACCUAGCCGGAUCUUGUCUCACGCUGGGAUCGCUCUUGCUGUGCACUGUCCAUCUCGACACAAACACGACCUUGGUCGGCUCAUACUUGUUCCUUCCCGGUUUCGGCGGCGGCAUGUUCCUGACCAUCACUCUCGUCGGCCUGAUCGCCGCGGUUCCGCAGGAGUUCCAAGCCGUGAGCACAUCGAUCCAGUACGGCUUCCGCGGCGUCGGCUCGACAAUCGGCGUUGCGAUCUCGGCCGCCAUCUUCCAAAACAUCCUCGGCCUGCAACUGCACCGCCGCAUCACCGGCCCCGGCAGCGAGGAAAUCAUCGACCUGGUAUCGGACUCGGUCGACAACAUCAGCCGGAUCCCCGAGGCCAUGCGUGAGAGCGUCACACUCAGUUAUCUCGAGGCAUGCCGCGCGGUGUUUUACAGUAGUGCUUUGAUGGCGAUUUUGGCGUUUGUUUCGAGCAUCUUUAUGAAAGAGCAUGUGUUGCAUAAGACAGUCAACCGGUCGCGGUGAGCGGGGUCUCUGAAAUGUUCUAUGAAAUGUUUUAUUCAUGAGAAGGGAGGUUGGAGUGAUUAUUUCAUGAUAUGUUCAUAUGUGAAUAGUGGGUUUGGAAGGCAGACGGGGUUCAUAGUGUAGAUAGUUCAAAUGCCAUUUUGAGAGGUUGAAGUUCGA